GCAAUAGAUUCACUGGCGAAAGAUUUUUGUGAUUUUCGUACAGAUACUACAGUACUUUUCAACAAGAUUCGCAAGGUCAAAAGAGGAAUUCUUAUAGUGAGCAAGGUUGCAUGUCCUCCACAGAAACAUGCUUGUGAUUGCUUACAUCUCAUUUGGUGUUCUCUCAAGUCUCUGUGGUAUUUUCCACUUCAUGUGCAAAACAGGACAAAGAGAGGAAGUGAUGAUAGCCAACCCUAACUUUGUUUCAUUCCAGAAUAGUUACUUUAAGGUUUAUUUCCCAGCGCUGAUGGCCGAGUGGCUUCAGGGUCCCUACCUUUAUAAAUUAUACAGUCACUACGGUUUCAUUGACACACAAAUUGCCAUAAUAUAUGUGUGCGGCUUUGCAUCAAGCGUCGUGUUUGGAACUUCAAGUGCAUACUUUGCGAGUGUAUUUGGACGUAAAAAGGCCUGUGUUGUCUUCACAUUACUUUAUUCUCUGUGCUGCGUAACAAAACUGUCAAGAAACUAUGGCAUCCUCAUCUUUGGCAGAGUACUUGGUGGAAUCUCGACAUCUCUGUUGUUCACGGCUUUUGAUGCAUGGUACUUGUAUGAACACACGCAGACCCACAAUUUCCCAAAUGAGUGGGUAUCAGCAACGUUUGCCAAAGCAACACUUUACAACAGUGUGAUUUCUGUAGUGGCUGGAAUUUUAGCUAAUACCAUUGCUGAAUGGAUGCAAUUUGGACCUGUAGCACCAUUUGUACUUGCAAUACCGUUCCUUAUUGCUGCUGGGAUUUUGAUUCAGUUUACUUGGGAUGAAAACUAUGGUGGAAAAAAUCUCAAAGUUAUCCAGCCAUGUAUGGAGAGUUUACGGCACAUUGUAACUAACAACAAAGUCAUGUUGAUUGGCAUUGUUACGUCACUCUUUGAGAGUGCCAUGUACAUAUUUGUCUUCUUGUGGACACCGGUGUUGGACAGAGCACACCUUUACCCUCCACUGGGAAUUGUCUUCUCUUGUUUCAUGUUAUGUGUGACACUGGGCAGCUUUCUGUUCAACUUUACAGUCAAGCGUGGAAUAAACCCAUCCAGUGUGGUUAUUCUAACUAUUGUUGUUGCAUCAGUAGCCAACAUUGGUGCAGUAUUUGCAAGCGCAGGACAUCCACGGAUAUCAUUUCUUAUGUUCAUCGUUUUGGAGCUUGCCUGUGGUGUUUACUUCCCAGCAAUGGGUUGGCUGCGGCAAACAAUUCUUCCUGAAGCGCACCAUGCAGGCAUUAUCAACUGGUUCAGGGUUCCCCUGAAUGCUAUUGCAGCAGUUGUUUUGAUGGUACUUCAUGAUACACACAGUGGUCAUGGCAUAUCUGCAAUAUUUGCACUUUGUUCCAUACUGUUAGCUGUGGCAGGAAUAGCUGCUGUAAGACUUUCUGUUUUGUCAAGAAAUGAUGAAAAUGUACAAGUUAUCAAUAAUAUGGAAGAAGGGCUGUAACACCCUCCAGAAAUGUUGGUCUCCAUUGAUUGUUAUUGUUUAAUUCAUCAGCAGUGGCUUUGAGAUUGUCAAUAAUAAGUACCUUGUAGGUCAGUGGAGCAAUUUAAUUCUGGCAGAGCAGAUUUUUCCAUGGCAACAAAACCAUUGAGCAGCAACAACCAGGCACUGUGAUGGACUAAAUCAGGGGAAUAUGUACUGAACAAAUAUUUAACAGUAGAGGAAACUGUUAUCUGCAAAGAUUAGUAGGCAUUGGAUUAGAUUAGUAACAUGUUAAGUAACUAAAGAUCUGCAAUAAAUGGUAACAAUACAGCAACUUUA